CCCCAGGGCAUUCAAAUCCUGCGGGAGACUGGAAUCUUCAUUCUGCCUUACAUUUUGCCUUACUCUGAGCCGGAGCUCGAUUUGAUUUGUACUCAGCCGAAUGUAGGUCGUUAGGAAAGAGUGCCUUCAUAGCAUUUUAACAUUUCUAACAUGGACGCCGCCUCGGGGAAAAGGAAGAAGAGAAGGGCUGUCUCCGACAUCGUGGAUGAUGACAGCGAUGCAGAAACUAUUGAUGGAGAUGGAAGGGAUGUGGAUGAUAGUAAGAAAGGCUGGCAAAAGGGGUACACAAAGCCAAAUCACAGCGAGAUUGAGAAAAGGCGACGAGACAAAAUGAACACUUACAUUAAUGAACUGUCUACCAUGAUCCCGAUGUGUAAUGCCAUGUCACGCAAGCUGGAUAAACUGACUGUUUUGAGGAUGGCUGUGCAGCAUAUGAAGACUUUAAAAGGAGCACUUGACCCAUUCACUGAAACAAACUACAAACCAGCUUUCUUGUCUGAUGAGGAUUUGAAGAACUUGAUUCUUGAGGCAGCGGAUGGCUUCUUAUUUGUUGUUGGUUGUGACAGGGGAUGUCUUCUCUAUGCGUCAGAUUCCAUUCAGAGUUACCUGCACCAGGCUCCUUCUGACCUUGUGGGGCAUAGUUUCCUUGAUCUUGUCCAUCAAAAAGAUGUCAACAAAGUCAAAGAACAGUUGUCAUCUUCAGACACCACACCUCGUGAAAGACUGAUUGAUGCAAAAACAGGUCUUCCACUUAAAACUGAGAAUCAACCAACUCCAACAAGAUUGUGCUCUGGGGCUAGGAGGUCGUUCUUUUGCCGCAUGAAAUGUGGUUCCAAAGGGAAAAAGGAUCGGGAUGGCAUGGAUUCUGAACCAUGCUUGAUGAAAAGAAAAAGCAAAGCCAAGCAAGCGGCACAACCAGAUAAAAAACCUUACGUUGUUGUUCAUUGUACAGGUUAUUUAAAAUCAUGGCCUCCAUCAGGCUGUUCAUUUGAUGACGAUGAUGAGGACAGCGAAUCUAGAAAUCUCAGUUGCCUUGUAGCAGUGGGAAGAGUGGAAACAAUUUAUGAUGAAACAACAGAUUAUUCACUGCCAGGAAUUGCGAAUGAGUUUAUCUCACGGCACAGUAUAGAUGGCAAAUUCAUUUUUGUUGAUCAGCGAACAACUGCCAUAACAGGCUAUCUUCCCCAGGAAUUAAUAGGAAGUUCAGCCUAUGAAUUUUUUCACCAAGAGGAUUUGAAUUCAAUAGCUGUGUCGCAUCGGCGGUCACUCCAGGGAGAGACAGUAAUGACAGAUGUUUACAGAUUCCGAUGCAAGGGAGGUCACUUAGUUCCACUCAGAACUAAAUCAACUGUGUUUAGAAACCCCUGGUCUAAAGAACUGGAGUUUAUCGUCUGUGUCAACACUGUUGUCACGGGUUUAGAAUCGUUUGCUUUGCCUCUCACUGCGCCCGAUAUGCAGGCCCUGCAGCUAACUGGCAGCGUGGGGUCUGCGUCGUCGAUUCAAAGCGACAGCAUGUGUGCAGGUCAUCAGACUAGUGUUCAACAAGUAUUGGAGAUGCUGAAAAAGAGGCAGCCUGUAGAUGCGGGAUCAAAGUCUUCCGUUAAUAAAAUAUCUGACUUGGACGGUGCAAGGACAAACGUAGGAGCAAGUCGUAUUGGGGCCAUGGUGGCGGAGGAGGUUCAAAACCAACAGACACAAGACAAGCAAGCCCAGUUCGGAAUGAAAACCAAUACGACUAACAGAUCAAAUGAGGACCUCUCAUUAAACAUGGAUAUUUCGGGUGGAGGUGUAACUACGAUAAAUAUAGAUGAUAUUUCACCCAACACGCCCAGUGGCUCGAGAACCGCGACGGCGAGGGGACUGGGCUCUCGUGCGGGGGGUGCUGGUGUGGAUAGUCAGCAGCAAUUAUCGCAGGCGCAUCUGUUGGAGCAGUUGAUUGGAAUGCAGAAUGCAAUCGAGUCUAUGGAAACUCCCAUGGAGCAAAGCGAGGAGACAAUGUCGGUAUUCAUGAAUAUGCUUGAAGCGGAUGCUGGACUCGGGGGGGAUUUCGAGGGUUUAUCGUAACAAAGAUGGAAGGAAAGUUAUCAAUGCGUUUUAUUUCCUUUUCACGAAGACUGAUGCAGGUGGCCAGUGGUUUUGUUUCAUAUCUAGUGAAAGAGUGGAUUUUAAGAAAAGACGGAAAGGAGCUAAAUAGUUUAUGUUUAUAUCACUAACAGUCUUCAAUGCCAUUGCUCAUCUAAGAUCAUACAAGGUGGAGACAACAAUUUGAUUUGAGUCAAAUGAACAGAGUUGCCUUGACAGCGUUACGUUACGUUACGUGUUGAGGCUUUGCCUCCGCGUCCAUCGGCUCGUGAAACCACUGUACUUAGUGUCCCUCUUUCUUCCCUCCAUUCAUUCCUUUUAAUCAUCCAGAUUUCUUUCAGGACGAGCCUUCUUUGUUUGUUUGUUUCUGUCCUUAUAAGUUUCGGCUAAAAGGAUGUGCGCUGGUUUACGCAACAAAAUUAUUUUUACAGUGUAUAUAAUUUGUAUAUAGUUUUGAGAUUAACUUCCAGUUACCACGUGCUAUGCAAAUGGCAAUAAUGAAAAUGAACUUGAUACGAUAAUAUCUAGGCAAAUUUAGUUUAAAGACUUAUCAAAUAAGUUAUGUCAAAGUUAAAGGUAAGUUUACGACACCUUCAUAUAUUUCUUUUCAUGUUAUUUUAUCUACAAGGACAGUAUUUUUGUCGGUGAGGCGUUACUGAAGACGCCUGCCAUCCGUAAAGACGUAUAGACGAAUGUUCAUACGAAGCUGCGAUGUGCUGUGUAACUCGCAGGGCAUAGUAGCAAGUGGAAGCUCACGGCUUUCGUCUCCAAACACUGGUUUUGGUCUUCAGUCAUCUUUCCGAGAUUGUGAAAGGUUGAUUUGCAGGAAACUUAAGACGUUCUUUAAGUGCAAAUCACGAGAACGCUUUCCUUUGUAAUAGUAAGAACAAAUGAAUAUUUUAACUUCACGUUGUUUUGAUAGAAAGUCAGUUCAGUGAAAAGUUUUAGACGUUUUCAUCAUAGCUAGCGUCACUAAUAUGUUCAAGAAUUAGAAGUAGGAUGUAAGGACGAGACGAGAAAAACAAGAAGAAACUUAAUAAACAGUUCUGCCGAUACGUUUUGCUUUGUGCUCCCAAAAGGGAUAAUUACGAAGAAUGAACUAUUUACGGACAAUUGAUUCUGGAAGAAAAUUUAUGAAUAUCCUGACAGAGAGAAGGGUUGGGGGUGGGGAUGGGCGUGGGGAUGGGGUGGGGAUGGUAAAUUCCCCACAGAGCAAGGAAAAGGAAGUUCAUUGGUGGAAGGAAUUCAUUGAAGAACUGUUAAGUUUUCUUAUUCAUAAAAGUUGGUCAAAGAGUGGAAGUGGAUAUAAAUAAAAAGGUAAAAAGCAAAACAGUAAAUUUACGAACAAUUAAAUACAAAUUCUAUA